CCGCCCACGGCACCAAAGCCCCGCCCACGGACGGCGCUGAGUCGCGCACGUGCUGCCCCCUCGUGGAGGCCCUGCCGCACCGCCCUGUCCUGCCGGCACUGACCACACCACAGCGUUCUACCCCCCCUGUCCUGCCGGCACUGACCGCACCGUUCUACCCCCCCUGUCCUGCCGGCACUGACCACACCACAGCGUUCUACCCCCCCUGUCCUGCCGGCACUGACCGCACCGUUCUACCCCCCCUGUCCUGCCGGCACUGACCACACCACAGCGUUCUACCCCCCCUGUCCUGCCGGCACUGACCGCACCGUUCUACCCCCCCUGUCCUGCCGGCACUGACCACACCACAGCGUUCUACCCCCCCUGUCCUGCCGGCACUGACCGCACCGUUCUACCCCCCCUGUCCUGCCGGCACUGACCACACCACAGCGUUCUACCCCCCCUGUCCUGCCGGCACUGACCGCACCGUUCCGCCCGCCCUGUCCUGCCGGCACUGCCCUGCCUGUCCCCCUCCUGCCCUGCACCCAGCCAUGUGCCCCCCACACCUUUCCCCACCUCACAGCCGAAUACCCCCGGCCCGGCCCGGCCCCUGCCCCGGGAGCUCUGGGCCGGGUCCAGCCGCCCCCGCAGUGCGCUGGCCCGGGGCCCCGGCGCUGGGAGCCCCGGUGCUGGGCCGUGCCAGAGGCGGCUGCGGAUCUCAUCAUGAUGGAGACUGCCCGGGGGGGCACCGCGGGGGCCAGGGCCGCCCUUGCCGUGCAGGCAGAAAGCGUCCGGCAGCGGGAUGGCGGGGAUGGCACUGCCCCUCUGCCUGAUCCUCGCUGCCGCCCUGCAGGGCGGCCUGACCCGGGCAUCGGGGCCCCUGGCCCGGCCCGGCCCGCUGCUCCUGCGGCUGCGGCGCCUGGAGGAGCAGUUUCUCCGGCUCCAGGAGGUGACACUGAACCAUCUCCAGAGCAUCGCCAGCAACUACAACAUCUCCUACAACAUCGAUGGACGUUUCCAGGCACUGGCGGAGCAGGCGGAGGCGGCCGUCGCUGCCCGGGCCGCCCUUGGUGCCGAGCUGGCCCGCCUGGCCACCGCUGGCCGGCGGCUACGCCGCAGGCUGAAGAGGCUGGAGGGGACCGUGGGUGCUCUGAGCCCACCACACGGCCUGCUCACCCACCCACCAGCUGCACUGGUGGAGGCUGGCACCAAACCGCACGGUCAGCCAGACACUGCCCGGAGCCGGGGCAGCCAGCUGGAGCAGGAGCCACCGGGCCAGGUUGCCCCCAGCACUCCCGGCCCUCGGCGCCCGAAGACGAGGCGGUGGCAGGAGCGCCUGCAGGAGGAAGGGCUCUGGCUGCCGGCUGAUGCCGGGCCUGGUGGAGCACCCGGGGAGGAUGAGGAGACCCCUCGUGAUGCAGCAGCAGGACCCCAGACCAUGGCACCGGUGCUCCCCACCGUAGCCACGGUCCCCCAGAAGCAGCCCGAAUUCCCCCAGCAGCCGGGAGAGGGUAGGUACGGCCCCCCCGCCCCGGUGCCCACCUCCCCCGCCUGUCGCACCGGUGCCGUCCUGCUCUUCCCCAACACCUCCGCUGAGCACAGGGCCGUCCUUGGGCUGGGGCCACACCGGGGGCUGCGGGCGAUGUCACUCUGUGCCUGGCUGGCCACCCCAGCCCCUCGCCUUGGUGCUCUCAUCUCCUACACCACCGAGGACGGGAACAGCGAGCUGGCCGUGCGUGGCCAUGGUCGGGAUCGCCCUAGCUCUGCACUUCUCAUCGUGGGGGACGGGCAGUUUCGGGAGCUCCCGGUGAUGCCGCUCCUGGAUGGCAAAUGGCACCACCUGUGCCUCACCUGGUCCUCCAGCCAGGGCCAGUACCGCUUCUACGUGGACAGGAGGUUGCUGGCUGCCGGCUCCGGCUUCCAGCAGGGCUAUGAAAUUCCUGCUGGUGGCUCGCUGAUGCUGGGCUGGGAGCAGGACGGCCCCAGCAGGAACUUGGGCACUGCAGAAGCUUUUGUGGGUCACCUGGCUGGCUUUGCUCUCUGGAGACGGGCUCUCCUGCCCGGCGAAGUGGCCAGAAUGGCGACCGGGCGGGGCCUGCCCCGCGGCCCCCUCCUCACUCUGGCCGAUGCCUCCCUGCAGGGCGGGGUGCGGAGGGUGGCGGGCCCCUGCCUCCAGCACCGCCCUUGAAGAGGCUGACGGCAGGAAUGGUGCUGGCUACCAGCAGUCACGGCUGGCUCAUGGUGCCGCUCCCGACACCAGCUGAAUCCUCCCAGGGUGGUGGGACACCCAGCAGAGAGGGGAUCUCAGGACCGGGACCACCGGAGGGGGGGGAAAGGGGUCUUGGCAGCCAGUAUGGCAGAGGUGGGACCAAAGCCAGAGAUCGCUUGCUUCUAGAGGAUGUACAGUCCAUGGUUCCUAUUAAAAUUCUCCGGAAAUUA